CAAAUCUUGACGAAAAUAAAAAGAAAAUCAAAUAUAAGACGGGACUGUAAUCCAGCAGAACCCAAUUUCUUUUGAAGAAGUCCACCGUUAAGUGCCGCUUUGCCCUAAACGGGACUCGAAUUGAACUCAAAUUUCCAGAAGCUAUGUCUACAUCUUAUCUUCCUGCCACAACGGAUUCAAUUGCUCAGGCAUUGGAGGCUAAAGACACUUCUGGCGCGAUCUCCAUUCUUUAUCGUGUACUUGAUGAUCCAUCUUCUUCACCAGAAGCUCUGCGUAUGAAAGAGCAGGCUAUCACAAAUCUUACUGACCUUCUCAGGCAAGAGAACAGGGGAGAGGAUCUGCGCAGCCUUCUCACUUCAUUGAGGCCCUUUUUCUCCUUGAUUCCCAAGGCAAAAACUGCAAAGAUUGUAAGGGGAAUAAUUGACUCAGUUGCUAAAAUACCAGGGACAUCUGAUCUACAGAUUUCACUGUGUAAAGAAAUGGUGCAGUGGACUCGUGCUGAAAAGCGUACUUUUCUGAGGCAACGAAUUGAGGCAAGACUUGCAGCGCUUCUGAUGGAAACUAAGGAGUAUUCAGAAGCUUUGACUCUUCUUUCUGGGUUGGUCAAAGAGGUUAGGAGAUUAGAUGACAAACUUCUUCUUGUAGACAUUGACUUGCUAGAAAGCAAACUGCACUUCUCAUUAAGAAACCUUCCAAAGGCAAAAGCUGCCCUCACGGCUGCUAGAACAGCUGCAAAUGCUAUUUAUGUGCCUCCUGCUCAACAAGGGGCCAUAGAUCUUCAGAGUGGAAUACUUCAUGCUGAGGAGAAGGACUACAAAACUGCAUACAGCUAUUUCUUUGAAGCCUUUGAGUCUUUCAAUGCUCUUGAAGACCCUAAGGCUAUUUUCAGCCUGAAAUAUAUGUUGUUGUGUAAGAUCAUGGUGAAUCAAGCUGAUGACGUGGGUGGAAUUAUUUCUUCUAAAGCAGGAUUGCAAUAUGUUGGGCCUGACUUGGAUGCGAUGAAAGCUGUUGCUGAUGCUUAUUCUAAGCGAUCCCUUAAGUUUUUCGAAACUGCUUUGCAGGACUACAAGGCACAGUUGGGGGAAGACCCAAUUGUUCACAGACACAUUUCAUCCCUGUAUGAUACCCUUCUGGAGCAGAAUCUUUGUAGGUUGAUUGAGCCAUUCUCAAGAGUUGAGAUUGCACAUAUUGCUGAGCUUAUCGAGCUUCCAAUUGAUCACGUUGAGCGGAAGAUGUCUCAGAUGAUUUUGGACAAGAAGUUUGCUGGAACAUUGGAUCAAGGUGCCGGAUGCCUCGUUAUAUUCGAUGAUCCCAAGACUGAUGCAAUAUACCCUGCAACUUUAGAGACCAUUUCCAAUGUUGGGAAAGUGGUUGACAGUCUUUAUGUUAGGUCUGCCAAGAUCAUGGCAUGAGCUCUCUUGUUAAUUUUACUCCAGUGCCGCAUUACUUCUUGCUGUUUUCUUUUCCAUGCUGACUGGUAUAUCAUUUGUUUAGUUUCCUUUGUUAAAACUCAAACCUUUUCUGGUGUUGUUGAGUCGAAGAACCAGGAAGGGUGUGAUUUUAAUUAGGUGUUCUCUAUGGUUGACUGAGAUGAGAGGAUAAAAGGGGAGGGAGGGGAAAAUCACUCUCAUUUUAUGGCUCGCAUGAGAUGGAGAAUUAAUAUAAUUUUAUGCCUUCAUAUCUUUUUUUCUGCGUUACAUCUGAGGAUAUAGGGCCCCUUUGGAUUGUCUUAUUUUUGAGCUUAUGAAAAAUAGCUUAUGCUUUUUGUUACA